UGAGUGCUUCUUAGUGCAGUAUCUUGUCAGUCCCAAUUACAAGCUAUUCUGUGGAGGAUUACUUAACAGAAAUAAAUUUAACUCUCUAUUGAAUCACAUCAUGUGACUGUUAACCAUAGAGGGGGCAAACAAUUUCAAUUUUAUUUAUCCAUUACUUUCUUAUACGGUAACAGCUACUUCUGUUGCUUUCAGAUUACAAUCACUUCAUUAAAUGCGGCCCCGAGCCAAUAUAAUGCAGUGUCAAGUUUAACAGACAAAAGAUUUUUUAGAAGGUACAAAUGCUUCUAUGGUGCCUUUCUCUAGUGAAAAAGAAAAUGAGGCAAUUUCCAUGAAAACUGAAGAAAUAUAUAGGCAAUCCUAGUGAACCCCAGCUGGCUAUCAAAAAACAUUACCUGGUUCACCAAUAAAGAAAGUUUUUGUUUGUCAGACGACUAUUAUUCAGACUGAAACAUACCUCCCACCUCUUAUAUUAAUCUGCCCAACCAAUUCAGAUAACCUAAGACUGUGCAAUAGAUUAGUAAAAACUGACAGUAAAGUUAUCAAAAUGUCACUGACAUAUGACUAAAUGCCACUUAGGUGAAUCAUACAUAGACACUAUUAACCAAUGACACACGAAGGCAGCCCCCUUCCCCACCCCAUAACCACCCCCCUUAAAAUACAGUAAUAAAAGACAGUAUGGAAGUUCUUAUAAAGACAUGAGUUUUUUUUCCUUUUAAUCAUUAUUCUGACUGAGGCAUUUAUAGAGUUGUCUAAAAACCCUCCAGUCAAAUGCUUUGUGCAGCGUUCAAUAUGUAACUCUCUAGCUAAUGGAAAAGCAGGCGGUGCAAGGAAGAACUUUCUGUUGUCAUGCUGAAGAGUGCUCCAAAAAAGAUUGUCAUUUGAAACUCUUUUGUCAGCAAUGAAGGAUUCCAGAUGCAGCUGAACCCAGAAUUCUGACUGUGGAACACAGAGGCUGAACACCGGGAUGGCCGAAGUGAGAGGAGAGAGAGAGAAUGACAUGAAUUACAUAGCAUCCAGUGGACUUCUAUUCAAAGAUGGCAAAAAACGGAUUGAUUACAUCCUGGUUUAUCGAAAGUCAAAUAUACAAUAUGACAAAAGAAACACAUUUGAAAAGAACCUAAGAGCAGAAGGCUUGAUGUUGGAAAAGGAGCCGGCGGUUGCAAACCCUGAUAUCAUGUUUAUUAAAAUUCACAUUCCAUGGGAUACGCUGUGCAAGUAUGCAGAGAGGCUGAAUAUCAGAAUGCCCUUCAGGAAAAAAUGCUAUUACACUGACCGGAGGAACAAAUCAAUGGGCAGGGUGCAGAAGUAUUUUAGAAGAAUCAAAAAAUGGAUGUCCCAAAACCCAAUGGUUUUGGACAAGUCAGCUUUCCCAGACCUGGAGGAGUCAGACUGCUAUACCGGCCCCUUCAGCCGCGCACGGAUUCACCACUUCAUAAUAAACAACAAAGACACCUUCUUCAGCAAUGCGACUCGAAGCAGGAUCGUCUACCACAUGCUGCAGCACACCAAAUAUGAAAAUGGAAUAUCAAAAGUGGGUAUCUGUAAACUUAUAAACAAUGGCUCAUAUAUAGCAGCUUUCCCCCCGCAUGAGGGAGCCUACAAGAGUAGUCAGCCCAUCAAAACCCAUGGCCCUCAGAAUAACAGACAUCUAUUAUAUGAGCGCUGGGCACGCUGGGGAAUGUGGUACAAGCACCAGCCCCUGGAUUUAAUCAGGCUAUACUUUGGUGAGAAGAUCGGGCUAUACUUUGCCUGGCUGGGGUGGUAUACCGGAAUGCUGAUUCCUGCAGCCUUUGUUGGCCUGUGUGUUUUCUUCUAUGGAAUAUUAACAAUGAAUGCAAGUCAAGUAAGCCAAGAAAUUUGCAAGGCCACUGAAGUCUUCAUGUGCCCACUCUGUGACAAGAACUGCUCACUGCAGAGACUCAACGAAAGCUGUAUCUAUGCCAAGGUGACUUAUCUAUUUGACAAUGGAGGGACAGUCUUCUUUGCUAUUUUUAUGGCAAUAUGGGCCACAGUCUUCUUGGAAUUUUGGAAAAGGAGAAGAAGCACACUGACCUAUACUUGGGACCUUAUUGAAUGGGAAGAGGAGGAGGAAACACUUCGCCCCCAGUUUGAAGCAAAGUAUUACAAGAUGGAAAGAGUGAACCCCAUCAGUGGAAAACCUGAGCCACAUCAGCCUUCUUCAGACAAAGUCACUCGUCUUCUUGUUUCCAUCUCAGGAAUAUUCUUCAUGAUUUCUUUGGUGAUCACUGCAGUGUUUGCGGUCGUGGUGUAUCGCCUGGUUGUCAUGGAACAGUUUGCAUCAUUCAAGUGGAAUUUCAUCAAACAACACUGGCAGUUUGCAACGUCCGCUGCUGCAGUCUGUAUCAAUUUUGUAAUCAUUAUGGCUCUGAAUCUGGCUUAUGAAAAGAUUGCUUACCUUCUGACUAAUUUAGAAUAUCCUCGAACAGAAUCUGAAUGGGAAAACAGCUUUGCUCUAAAGAUGUUCCUCUUCCAGUUUGUCAAUUUAAACAGUUCUAUCUUCUAUAUUGCUUUCUUUUUGGGGAGAUUUGUAGGCCACCCAGGAAAGUACAAUAAACUUUUUAACCGGUGGAGACUGGAGGAAUGUCAUCCUAGCGGCUGUCUGAUAGACCUCUGCCUCCAGAUGGGAGUUAUCAUGUUUUUGAAGCAAAUAUGGAACAAUUUCAUGGAACUGGGAUACCCGUUGAUCCAGAACUGGUGGUCACGACAUAAAAUCAAGCGAGGAGUACAAGAUGCUUCCAUACCUCAGUGGGAAAAUGAUUGGAAUCUGCAGCCCAUGAAUAUCCAUGGACUGAUGGAUGAGUACUUAGAAAUGGUUUUGCAGUUCGGUUUUACCACCAUCUUUGUUGCGGCUUUUCCUCUGGCCCCUCUUUUGGCUUUGUUAAACAAUAUCAUUGAAAUCAGGCUGGACGCAUACAAAUUUGUCACCCAGUGGCGGAGGCCUUUACCAGCCCGUGCAACUGACAUAGGUAUCUGGUAUGGAAUUCUUGAAGGCAUUGGAAUACUGGCUGUGAUCACCAAUGCGUUCGUAAUCGCUAUUACGUCUGAUUACAUCCCACGUUUUGUCUAUGAAUACAAAUAUGGCCCCUGUGCAAAUCAUUUCGAAUACGGUGAAAGCUGUUUAACAGGAUAUGUCAACAACAGCCUGUCCUUCUUUGACCUGAGUGAGCUUGGUAUGGGAAAGUCUGGUUACUGCAGGUACCGAGACUACAGAGGGCCUCCUUGGAGUUCCAAACCUUAUGAGUUCACCCUGCAGUACUGGCAUAUCCUCGCCGCUAGACUGGCCUUCAUUAUCGUGUUUGAGCACCUUGUUUUUGGGAUCAAAUCAUUCAUUGCAUACCUGAUUCCAGAUGUACCAAAGAACCUAUAUGACCGAAUACGACGGGAGAAGUACUUAGUCCAAGAAAUGAUGUACGAGGCUGAACUAGAACAUUUGCAACAACAGCGAAGAAAAAGUGGUCAUCCUGUUCACCAUGAAUGGCCUUAGUUGAUACCCGUUGCCCAGCAGGGGCAAUACCAUUAGUGGGACUGAUGGUAGCUUCAGAUUCUAGGCAUGAUCUAAGAGGAGGGCAUACCUGCAAUCCAUGUGUAUAGCAUGUUACUUAGAAAUGUAUCACAGCCAUCUCUGGGAUUUGGAAUAUCCUAGUUUCUAGGGAAGAAAAAGAUGACUCAUGACCUUAAAAGAUGGUUAGAUUGACAAAGCAGGAAGCCAGGAUCUAAUUCUCAGAACCAGCCUCAGGGAGCUGUGUGUUUGGAAACCUCCACCUUCCAUCAGCUGCAGUGUAUUAGGAAGGGUGAUGGUGAGGUUUGCAGAGACAGAUUUCCAUGUAAAUGUGCACAAGCCAGGCAUGACUUAAAGUAUCAUGUGGUCCUCAUUCACAUACUAAUCUGACUUUGGAACCUUAGGUUGAGUUGAGAUACUUACAAAAAAAUGACUUAAAUCAGUUAUUGGCUUUGCUGCUGGAAUUCCAUGUCCCUUCAGCUUACCGUUUUUUAUAGGAAUUUCCCUUGUUUCUUGCUGAGAUUUUGGAUCUGUGCCACAAGGAAUUUAUGCUGCUUUCUACUGACUAUGCAGUUGAAGAGUUGUACGUCACCCUUCGUAGUCAAACCAAAAAUCUUGAGAUUCCCAAAAGAAUACCAUUCAUUGAAAUAAUAUUCUGUUGCAUUGGCUACAUUCCAAUCUGUUUUAUCAUUGGCAGAAUCAGUGGCACUGUCUUUUCUUUUUUCCUAAAUGUCAGUAAAGCCACACACUUAUAAGAUAUGGGUGUUUAUUCUCAUAUCAUUUAGAACAUGACAAAUCUAUAUUUUAAUGUGGAAGGCUGUUUUAUAGUAUAUUUAAUUUCCCCUCCCUGAUUUAUUAUAACUACUCUCACAGAAUAGCUUGAAGUGCUGUGUAUAUGUUGGUUUUCCUUGCACCUUUGCACCUUGACAACAUGUAAUGCAAGUUACCAUUUAUGCAGCUCUGAGAGCAGUUACACAGUAUGCCAUUGUGACUUGUUUAUUCAGGAAAACAGAAGCCAGAUGCUUUGCAACACUUAACACUUUUCCAACAACAUGCACUCUUGCUCAUGAGCUAAUGAAAACAAUGCAUGAAUAUAAAUUUAUAUUAUUUGUAGGAAAAACACACAUUUUUAAAAAAUUUACUUUCUUUUCAUCACUGAAGGGAGUUUUCUGUUAUUAUUUCUUUGAUAGAUUGAUUUGGUUUGUUUUUGAAAGCUCACUAGAAACAAAGUCAAAUUAUUUGUGAAAGACGUCAUUUUUGCUUUGUUGUGAAGUUGCUAUUUCUCUGUGAGCUCCGUACCUGUGACUAUGACUGUUCACAGACUGAUGACCUGGGAACGAUGGGGCAUUCAACUAAAGAAAGUCUGGUGGAGGCAUAAACUAUGGGGGCAGGUUGGGAAAAAAGGAAAGAGUUGAAUUAAGAAAAUAUGUGGUAGAAAUCAAGAUACUUUAUCUUGUAAAAUAAUUAAAGCUAAUCUCAGUUUUCUUCCCCUGGGAAUGGGAUGGGAAAUACAUAAUCAUAUAUAUGAUUCAUGCACUUACAUGAUUAAUAAUUGUGCAAUGAAACAAAGUACAGUUAUUUCCAAAAUUUAUAAAGACCAGAUUAAACAUAAUGGAAAUCAGGCUACUUUGUAUAUAUGCACAGAUUUCUCUAUCAAGAAAAUUAUACAGUUUCUCUUACUAGAAAACUAUUUUUAUAAUUCUAACACUGAAAAUGUUGUGGGUUUUUUUAUUUGUUUGUUUUUUGGGUUUUGUUUUUUUUUUUUUUUACUUUUCCUUUUUUCCUUCCAGGGAAAAGCUGGUAGAUUAUAGUUGUUGGUUGGUUGGUUGGUUUUUGUCAAAAUUAUUCACUUCCCUAGUUGCCCUCUGAUUCCAAGCAAGGAGAAGGACCUCAGACUCUAAAUUUCCCUCACAUGCCCUUGCCACAAGGGAUCCUUCCCUUCAGACUGGAGAGGUUCAGUUUCUGCCACAUGCUGAUUCUUAGCAACUAGUUCCACUUACUACACAAAGGAGCUUUAACCGCCUCCAUUUUUGUAGCAUCUGCACUUCCUUUCCUUUGUCAGUUAAAUGUAUACACAAGCCUGAGAAUAAAUACUCUCUAUGCCUACUGAAGACAUAAAGGAAUCUGACAUUCGUGUCCUUUCUAAAUUAGGGACACAAGACAAAGACAUUUGCCUUAGUGUGAAGAAUAAUGACAGCUGUGCCCUUGAGCAUUCUUCUCUCUCUGAGUUAUUUUUGUGUAAUCAUAUAAAAUCACAUUGAUUACCUAGAGAGAAAAAAAUAUGAAAAGAGAAAGGUAUUUUUAAUAAAAAUUUAUAAUGCAUUGAUUUAGAAAAUGCCUCCUCUAAUAUUUUUUGAAACCGAUGGAAAAAGAGAAACAAUGAAAAACAUCAUCUGAAAUUUUUCUUUUGUGAAGCAGGGCAGUAGAACCCAGCUCUGCCUUCAUCACAGCUGACAGCGGAGUAUUCAGUCCCUCACAGUACAUCAGUUUUCGAUGACUCUGCUUUAGUUGAGAGAAAUGUUUUAUAUCAUGGUUUUCAUAUGAAUACAAAUGAUUUCUCAGAGAUUUAUAUAGCACACACUAUUCUCAGGAAUUCUGUCUUCCAUGAAUGCUGCUUAUAUAUUUUCAUAUUCUGAAUGGUUGUCUUUUUCAGCAAAUAACUAAUAUACAAGUGCAUGCAGGAGGCCUUGACAACUUGCUCGAAGCUGAAACGUUGUCAUAGUACAGUGUGUGGAAAAGCACUCUCGAUUAUAGGUGAAAUAGUUGGCGAUUGUCUGAGUCUGCACGCGCUUUGAUAUACUAUGCUGCUCAGUGACUGCAUGACGAGAUGCCACUUCUGAAUGCUGCACCUUCUUCCAAAACGACUCUUAGCACAAUCUAUUGUAGAAUGCAGUGGAAAGGAAUGUUCUUCACUCAAUAAAUGGUCAUGCAAUACGAUAUUUUUUUCCUAUAAUUUGCAUGUCAAAUUUAACCCUACUUGUUUUUUAAAUAUUAAGUUGGGGUUUGUUGAGCAGGUAUGGGGAGAGGGGUUGCUCGUUCUUUAGCUCUCCAAGAUAAUAGCGUCCUAUUCUUGAGGGCUCUUCCCCACUCUUAAAAAAUUUAGACUAUUUGUCUUCCGAAAAGCUCAUUGUCAUCAAGACGUUUGCACAAGACAGUGCAGGUGGAGUAUCAUGUUGAUGCUAAUAAUGCUUUGUGCUGAAAACAGAUGGAAGAGGAAGCUUGAUUCAUUCUUCCAUCACACAGAAGCAUAUUCUUUUUUUCACACAUGUGCUAGCUCUAUCAAUCAUCAUCAAAAUCUCGGGACAGGAAUUUUAGCACAGAUAUAAUUCAUGCCAAGGAAGGCAGACAUACAGGACCAACUAUCAGUAAGAGGCUUCCAAAUUGCCCAUUUUUUUCUUCUCAACUUGAUGGUCACAAUUGAAAAUCCAGGUUGUGUAAAGAGUUUGCUUAACUGAUAAGACUGGAUUGAUGAGUCUGUCAAUAGGGGACAGUAGACAGAGGCCCAGGGUGUGGCGUGUUGGUGUGUGUGCUUGUGUGUGUGUGUGAGCGGGUGCAGGUGCGCACACAGGCAUCACUAGGAGUGCUUCCUGUAUAAGACCCAGUGAGCACUUCCUCUCUGUGAGAUAAGCCCAACUCAGUCCUGUUACGGUCUUCAGGUAUUUCCACUCUGUUUUCCCCCAAAUCACUGUGUUAUAGCAAGCUCCGGGGAGAGUUGUGAGUUUCACCCUGGGACUCAGUUAACAUCUUACAUCCUUCCUGGUAUCCUCAGCAGCUCCGAAGAGAACAUUUUGGGAACAGCCUGAAAAACCCAGUUCUGGUGAAAAAGUGAGCAUUUCCUUACAGACGUUUCUAUUCAAGAUGAAAUGUGUCAACAAAACAGAGUCCCAGGGGAAGACUGAUUGGGCCUAGAUACCUGCUAAUUAGGGUUUACGCACUUGAGGUCGUGAUAAGUUACCUUCAAGAGUACUUCCUACCUGGGUUCAUCUCAGAAACCACACCCACAGCCACAUUUGAUGGUUUUCUUUCUAGAGAACACAAAUACCAUGGCCACCGCAUUGUAGCCACUCCACAUUAAGGCUUCUUUUUCAGGAAAGUACAAUGAAAGCAGACAGGUUGGGAGAAGAGACUCAUAUUUGAGACCCGAUGCACUUUCUUGGCCCAUCACAGUCCCCCCUCAGGGAGAGGAAGUCUAUACAUCCUACCUUGCUGCUCCGUGACUGCCCCACCGUGCGCUGCAGCACACUGUCCCUAGAAAUAGCCUGUUGUUCCCUGAACAACUGUCCCAAGGUGGGAGCCUUGCACACUGGGCCGUCAGCUAGGGGGGUUCUGCUUCAUACCUUCCCUACGAAGGAAGGGGUGAGAUUUUCAGGCAUAUACCUGCAUUGACUGCUUCAGAAUAUGUAUUUCCAUCACAAUUCUCACUCUGUGGGAAAAGCAAUGUCUUUGCUCUGUUUUUCAGAAAGCAAACAUUUCCUAAAUUACUAGCUGAAAAACAAAACCUAGUGAGCUCUACUGAGGUAUUCCCUACAAAAAUAACUGUCACAGGGCUGCCUCGCCCCACAUGGUGUUUAAGCUGCCUCCAAACCUUUGGAAUGAUUUUGUCAAUGUCGAUGCCUCUCAGUGCUACCAGGUGAACGCUUCAGGCCAAAUUUAAUAUCUUUGCUAACAAGUCAUGUGAGCAAAUGCUCCCACUGAUUCUGAACCAUUGAACUUUGGAGGGAUGCUGUUCUGUAAGUGAAAAGAAGGGGCUUGAAUGGCAAAAAAAAUCUGAUGGCAAAGAUAACUGUGGAAGCAAUGUUUUGGGGAUGGUGGGGAACAAGGGAGUUUCCUACCAGAGCAAAAAUGUCUAUUUUGCAGAUCCGGUUUCAGUAUCCAUCCCCAUACCCUGCCUUAUUUCUGAUUGAAAAACAAUUGCAAUUUAGUUCAUCUUUGAACAUGAAGAAAAAAUAAAGUUUUUGUCUUGUUUUUUUCCCCUUUUUUCCUGUCUAUUUUAAGAUUUAUGAAGCUAAAUCUAGUAAGUUUAGAUUUCAGCGACUCUAACCAAAGAAUAAAUGUCUCAAUUUUUGAUGUUGAAGAUGAAAUGUACUUAAAUGCAAUUUUAUUCUCCUGGGAUGUGUGGUUAUUGGCCUCUAUAUUGUAUUUUUCACGUAGGAAAGAACUAUUAGACCCUGUAAUUGAAGAGGGAAUUGGGGGCAUACCAGAAGAGACAGAGUGGCAUUCUCCAAACACUUCCUUCCAUUCUUAAGAGAAAUUAUGCUGCAGUUGUAUAGGACCAUAUCACAUAGGCAGAUGAUUAUAAAUACUGAUUUUUUUUCUUUUUAUUCUCAUGUUCCUCUACAAAUAUUAAUAUAUAUAUUUAUUUAUGUAUUAUUAAUCAUUAAACAUUCCUUCUAACUCUCAUAAGAAAUUUAAAAGUCAAUUUAAGGUAGCUCUUUGCUCUGUUGAAAUAGACUGAAUCAAUUUUUAGGUGGCGUCUUGGGGUCAGCAUUCUUGAAAGGAGUGACAGUAAAGAUUCCUAAGCCUUUAUAAUAUAGAUUCUGAAUCAGUCAAUAACGUUGUGUGAUUGCUCAGUUCUUUCCAAAUCCUGCCUGCUUCUAUUACACAGUUACAAAUAAGCAAUUUUGGGAUUGCUCAUUUAUUUUCUUACAUGGCAGUUACACUAGGGCCUUAAAUCAGUACACCACAUGACAUUAUUCUUGGCUUCUCAAAUGUGUCAAAGCAGAUUCUAUCAGUGGGAACUGUAAGCUAUGAAUAUCUGUGUACACACCUGCUUUAACACUUUCAAAAAACAGAUGAAUUGUUGUUUCCGAAGAUUCCUGAGGACAAAUAUGUCAAGUUCAUAAAUGAUAUCACCAUUAUGUAUUGCUUUUCUUGAGUUAUAGUAACUUAUGUAUUGUCAUAAAAUCCUCUUAAUGUUUACUUCUGUUUGUGUGUGUGUGUGUGUGUGUGUGUGUGUGUGUGUGUGUCCCCUAAGCCCUGGGCAGUCCAAAUGUUUUAAGUAUUAUCCAAAACACUGAAAAAGAAGUCAUGUAAUAUAAUAUGUCAAACCUUAUUUUGACAUAUGUUUCCUUGGUCACUUGGUAGACCUGCCUUACUCAAUUGUUUAUGAAAGAUUUUAGGGUAGAUAACUGUUUUGCAUCCCCCUCUUAACCCUGCAGAGAAUACUCACAUUGAUCAUUUGAAUGCACUUCUAGCUGAACUUACUUUUAAAAGAACUUACUUUUAAUAUAAUCUGCACUUAUACUACAGGUGUUUUUUUCCUAAAAUUAAGUAGUUGUGUAAAGUAUAAAAUUUAGUAGCAUUCCAGGGCUCUUUGGAAAAGCUUCACACAAUUCUGGAAAUAAAAAACAUAUCAUCUUAAAUAUCCUACAAAUAUACAGAUAUGUCAUUAUCAACUGACAUUUUCCAUCAGAGGGUGGGAUCAUUAUCUAAUUCAUCGCAAGAGUCUAAUAGGGAGGACAUUGACAUUCUGACACCCCAAGUAAGGGCCAUUUUGUGGUUAAUUAGCCAAAUAUUUAUAACCUUAAGUCUGUCUUCUGAAGAUUGCUGCUAUUUCAAACACCAAAAUGCAAUAAUAGAUAAGUAAGCUUAUAAGUGUUUGCUAUUUGCAAAGGUGUUUGCAAAUCUAGAUUGGUUUGGUCAGGAGAUUGGAAUGAAGGAGGAAAUAAUGGCGCUAACUCUUUCCAAGAAUUACACAUAAAAAUAACCCAGUAGGGGAUUUACUAUCAAUUGACUUACACUUGCUUAAUUUAAAAUUUUGUAUAUUUUAAUAUAUAUCAAUUUAGUAGUAUCAGUUAAAUUUCUUUGAAAACAGAUUAUACUUUAAGGUUACUAAUGUUGGAUUAAAAAGGUUAAAUCUACAGAAAGCUUAGUUACAUUGCAAUAUUGAGAUUUGAGCACAUGAGAUUUCUAAAUACACGAAUGUAUAUAGAGAGCGCUAAAAUGUCUGUAAUAUUUUAAAACAAUUUCUUUCUAAAAGAACAAUUCAAGGGAGACUCCUCUAUUUUUUCUAUUUGCCAAUCUGAUCUUUGUAAUAAUUUUGAUUGAAUUUGUAAUACCAUAAAAAUAUUUCAGUAAUACUCACUUUGAAAUACUGUUUGCAAGACCCCUGGUCUGUGGUUCAUUUCUUUUCUCUUUAGAAUGAAAUCGUAGAACCAUAAAAUUGCAAAAUAAUGAAAUUUAUUUUAAAGAAAAAUGUAUUUGAAUUAAAUGAAAGGAAAAGUCCCUACCCCCUUCUCUUGUUUAGAGAAUCACGGUGGCUGUUAACUGUGCAACGAGUGAUAAACGCAUUGAGAUUCUGUUUACUUAUCAAGGUUUACAUUUACAGAUGUAAUACUUAAAUCACAAAUAUGAAUAUUGCACUUUUCAGUAAUAAACUUGUCUAUCUUUAAAGCGGUAGUUUUUCUUUU